AGGCAAACAAUGACCAGAACUGCGCAGUGAUCAGAGCUGCGCGAUGGCCGCACAGUUGCUGCUGCGCCUUGGUGGGCGUCUGGAGUCAGUGAGCUUCACACAGAGUGUGUGUGGCCUUCUGGGCGCCAGGCAGGGACCCGGGCCGUGGCACACGCAUUGCAGCUUGGAGCGAGGACAGCUUGUCCUCUCUAGCAAUUCAUUCCUCGGCGCUUCGGAGAGGCUUCCAAUCCAGAGACCCCUUUUCUGCCCUUUUGCGGCUCUGGACCAGCAGCCUGAGGUCUCCAGGACAGAGCCGCUCACAAAUAGAGGUGUGGAUCUGGGUGUGGCAGUCAUUCUUCAGUCCAGUGAUCAGACUGUAUUGUUGACCCGAAGGACAUGCACUCUCCGCAUUUCCCCCAAUCUGUGGGUCCCUCCAGGUGGGCACAUGGAACUUGAUGAGGAGAUCCUGGAGUGUGGGCUUCGAGAGCUCUGGGAAGAGUGUGGACUACAGCUGCCCCAGAACCAGAUUUCUUGUGUCCUUCUGGGGUUAUGGGAGUCUGCCUACCCUCCUAGGCUGAGCUGGGGUUUCCCCAAAUACCAUCAUCUCAUUCUCUAUGUACUUGUGAUCUCCCAGGAGUCGCAGGAGCAACUCCAGGCCAGGAUCCAAGUAAAUCCAAAUGAAGUGAAUGCCUUUAUGUGGCUGGGACCAGAUGUCGCCGCGGCUGUGGCUGCCACAGAGGGUGGGGCAGAGACACCGGGACCUCUCUCCCAGGACCUACCACUCUCUGUCUGUGCAACCGAACUGAGGGGUGAUGGAGGAACCCAACCUCUGCUCCUGCCCAUGCCUACACUCAUGAGGACAACCCCAACCACAGCAGAGGGGGACAAAGAAAGGGUCAGCGCUGGAACCAAGUUUGCCCUCCAACUCUGGCUGCAACAUCUGGGCAGAUGAAGUAAAAGUGAAGUUCACAUGGACCCCAGACCAGCAAAGGAAGCCUGGCAACCUGAGACCUGAGUCCAAGCCCUGGGAUCUCCUUCAAGAUGGAAGGACAGGUCCUACUCCAUAAAGUUGCCCUCUGACCUCCACAUGCAAAAACCAUGGCACACAAGCCCACAUACACAAUAAUAAACAUUUUAAAUGUUCUUUUUUUUUUUUUUUUUUUUUUUUUUUUAGUGAAAAGGAUGGAACAUGGACCCUCGGCCCCACAAACCCUGGGUCUGGAAAGCGAGGUACAACAUCUCUUCCCCUCCAUGACGCUCACAGAACAUUCAUAACCUUUUAUUGUAGGCGAGAACUCUGCUACAGCUCUGGGAAUAAAAAGUAAAAUCACAUCA